AUGUUCGCAAGACUUACUAGACCACAAUCAAAAUUUGUUCCUAUUGCAUUAGGUGCAGCUGCUGUUGCUGCUACGGCAUUCUAUUUGAAUAGAAAUAACACUAUUAUCAAAAAUGACUCUAAAAAAGUGUUUGUUGGUGAUAAUCAAUGGAUUGAUUUAUCUAUCGAAAAAAUUAUUGAUGAAUCUCAUGAUACAAAGAAAUUUAUCUUUAAAUUACCAACUGAGGACUCUGUUAGUGGUUUAACUUUAGCAUCUGCUGUUCUUGCUAAGUUUGUUACUCCAAAGGGUUCUAAUGUCAUUAGACCUUAUACUCCUGUCUCUGAUCUAAGUGAAAAAGGUUUCAUUGAAUUUGUUAUUAAACAUUACGAUAAUGGUAAGAUGACUCCUCAUCUUUUCUCUUUGAAACCAAAGGAUACUGUAUCCUUUAAAGGUCCAAUUAAGAAGUGGCAAUGGGUUCCAAAUUCAUUUGAUUCUAUCACUCUAUUAGGUGCUGGUACUGGUAUUACUCCAUUAUAUCAAUUGGCUCAUCAUAUUGCUCAAAAUUCAAAUGAUAAGACUAAAGUCAAAUUAUUAUAUGGUAAUAAGACUCCAAAGGAUAUCUUAUUAAAGAAAGAAUUAGAUGAUUUACAGACUAAAUAUCCUCAAAAAUUCGAAGUUAUCUAUUUUGUUGAUAAAGCUGAAGGUGACUUUAAAGGUGAAACUGGGUUUAUUACCAAGGAUUACUUAGAAUCUCAUAUCAGUAAGCCAUCAGAAAAGACUCAAGUAUUUGUAUGUGGUCCUCCUCCAUUCAUGAAGGUUAAUUCAGGUGAAAAGGCUGGACCAACAGAUCAAGGUGAAUUGGUAGGUUCGUUGAAGGAUCUAGGUUUUAACAAAGAACAAGUCUUCAAGUUUUAA